CACCCAUCAGUUAAUUAAGCAUACAAAUUCUUAAUUCUUCGAUUUCUUGACGUUUGAACUUUUUGCAACCAUGGCUGAGCACCUCCAGCUGCAGCAGCAAUACCAUCACCCGUACUCUCAACCAAGGUCCCACCAGAUGGUGAAGGCGGCUACUGCUGCCACUGCUGGAGGAUCCCUUCUAAUCCUCUCCGGUUUGAUCCUUGCUGGUACAGUUAUUGCACUCACCAUUGCUACUCCACUCUUUGUCAUAUUCAGUCCGGUUCUUGUCCCCGCUCUGAUUGCCGCAGCUCUCCUGGUGACAGGUUUCAUGGCUUCUGGCGGUUUCGGUGUCGCAGCUAUUACUGUGCUGUCAUGGAUUUAUAGGUAUGUUACCGUGGGGCACCCACCAGGAGCGGAUCAGUUGGACCAGGCGCGUAUGAGGCUGGCUAGAAAGGCUCGGGAGAUGAACGAAAGGCCUGAGCAGCUCACCAGUGCAGCGGCUUCUUAGUUUGUGCUGCUUAAUUAGCAAUUGAUCUUUACCUAGCUAGGAUCAAAUGGCUAUCAUACAAGUCCUUCUCUUAAGUCUUAAGUCAUUGGAAUGUUCCUGUUAUUUCUAGGACAAUGUUCUGAAUUUGGAAGGCACCACAAAAGAAGGUCUGAACUUGGAUCUGGGUCUGUUGAAGACUGAAGUAAUUUACUGUCAUAAGCAGUUGUUACUUGUUAUUGCUGCUAUCCGGUGAUGUGGUUUUAAUUUUAAUAUUUUUCUGCGUGGUUCGGGCUUUAAUUUAGAUUGGUACAGAUUCUUAUCUAUAUAUUAGUUAUGGCAUACUGGCAUCAAGUUUACUUGCAUGUCAUAACUC